AAUGUGGGCCAGUAUAAAUAGCCAACGGAAGGAGACCGGACACUAUUUGGUUACUGGGUCGCCUCCUCUGCAAACAACUCUCGCAAAAUGAUUCUACUUAAUUCUCUGGUCAAAUCGCUUGCCGUGGUGGCCAUGGCGAGCAUAGUGUCAGCUGGGGUCAGCAGGUACAGCGCUGGCGGGCCACGUGGAGGUGGCAGGUCAACCUCGGGUCGCAGAGGCACUCGACGGGGAGGAGGCAGCGUGGUCGAGGCGGAACUCGUUGGCUUCGGAAUCCUCCCGAACAGACUCAUCGAUCCAGUCCUCGUCCGUUCCUUCGACAGGUCCGAUUCUGACGAAGGCGCUGACGGAUACGACUACGGCCUUGGCUUCGACGGCGGGUUUUCUGCGGGUAAUCCUGGCUUCGACGGCGGGUUUUCUGCGGGUAAUCCUGGCUUCGACGGCGGGUUUUCUGCGGGUAAUCCUGGCUUCGACGGCGGGUUUUCUGCGGGUAAUCCUGGCUUCGACGGCGGCUUUUCCGGAGGCGUUGGUUUUGACGCUGGCGCUGGCUUCGACUCCGGUCAUGGAGGCGCCGGGUUCGAUGCUGGCUUCCCCGGAGGUGCGCCCCUCGACGCAGGCAACGUUGCAGGCCACGGGGUGUUCGGCGGCGUCGGAGGAGGCGCUCCUUUCAACGGCCCGAACACCGGAGGCUUUGGCUUCGGCGCCGGUAACGCAGGAGGCUUUGGCUUCAACACUGGCUUUGGCGACGGCUUAAGUUUCGAGGUUGAUUUUGAUGACUCAAUAACGGCUGGUGUUGGCCGUGCUGACGUUAUUUAUCCCGAUGACGUCAGCUUCGACACUGGACUCAAUGAUGACGUCAGUUUUAACGUAGGCAUUCCCGAUGACGUCAGCUUUAACAUAGAUCCUGUUGAUGACGUCAGCUUUAACAUCGAGCCUAUUGAUGACGUCAGCUUCAACGCAGGCAUUCGUGACGACGUCAGUUUUAACGUUGAGCCAGCUGAUGACGUCAGCUUCGAUGCUUUUGUUGGCGACGACUCCCUCUUCGACGCCAACUUUGAUUACAUUGUAUAAAUGACACUUUACGAAGAUCACAAAUGCCAAAUAUGUAAAAAUGUAAAUACAUCAUAUUUAUAUAAAUUAAUGCACACGCUAUUGUUAUAAUAAUGAUAAUGAUAAUAACAAUAAAAUCUCUGAAUAUUU